UAUAAAAGUGGAUGUUAAAUCUCAGCAUUCAAAGGAUAGGAGGCUUUUGCACGGAGAUGUUGAAAAUGAACCUUGUUCGAUCUGCUGCUCUUGUAGCCAUGCUGCUAUCUGUGGUCGAAGGACAGAUUUGUAAAUGGGGGGCACCAUUCGGCUGUCCUAAUAGAGAUAAGGCCAGCCAUUACUCCCAUAACGAAAUGGAUUCGAAUCCAAAGCUCGCUGACACAUUUCACAGUCUACGUGUCCCAGAAAGUUCUGACGUGGACAUCACUGAGUAUACGCAGCGCAAUCCAAUGGAUGUCGAAUUCAGAAGUGCAAAGAGCACACAAGGCGCUUACAAAUUCGAAGACAUCAAGACUUAUCUUAACAACUUGUACCAAACUGAGAAAAUGGAGGCAAAGCAUAAAUAAUUUCUCGAGAAAUUUUGAAUUAAGUUAGAUUAUUCUAAGCUUUAAGCAAGUCAAAACACGUGAAAGACAUAACAAAACAUGUAGUUUGCUAGUAAAGUUUAAGGAAGACUAAGAUAACAAUUAGUAGAUUUGAAUUAUCAAUUAUCUUAUUACUGGAUAGUUUUCAAGUUUUAUAUGCUGAACGAAGUACAGAAAGUGCUUAUUGACUGCAACUAUAAAAACCCAUUUAACAUUUGUACGUUGGAAAAAUAAACUACAAAGUUUAUUAGUCUUAAGGUAUUAAUUGAUAAUAAAAGGGGCAAUUCUUG